CGCGAGCUGACGUCAGGCGCAUCCCUGCAGCUACGUCCACCCCUCAGUUGGGGGGGUGUUAAGUUUUACUAGAGGCCGAGGCUCCGUGGUGUGUUAGGCCUCAGGAUGGCGUGCAACGAGACCAAGGUGAUCUAUCACCUGGAUGAGGAGGAGACUCCUUACCUGGUGAAGGUACCCGUUCCGGCCCAAGAAAUUCGACUGCGGGACUUCAAGGCGGCGCUGGGCCGGAGCCACGUCAAGUACUUUUUCAAGGCCAUGGACCAGGAUUUUGGAGUGGUGAAGGAAGAGAUCUCAGAUGACAACGCCAAGCUGCCAUGUUUUAAUGGGCGUGUGGUAUCCUGGUUGGUAUCGUCUGAGGCAUCACAGCCUGAAGUGACGCCACCCCCGCCACCAACAGAACUUAGGAAUGAGCCUUCACCCCUUCCUCCUCCUCUUCCUCCUCCACCUGCUGAAAGGACAAGUGGAAUUGGAGAUUCCCGUCCUCCAUCUUUCCAUCCAAAUAUCUCCGGAAGCACUGAGAACUUGGAUCAGGAGACCGAGACCGAGUCUGUGAUUUCUGUGAGGAGAGACCGGACAAGGAGAAGGGAAAGCUCAGAGCAAGGUAUGGGUAGGGGAAUUAAUGGACGUACUGAUCGUCACCUUGCAGGUUAUGAAUCUUCAUCAACCCUUCUUACUAGUGAGAUUGAAACCAGUAUUUGUGAUUCUGAGGAGGAUGAUGCCAUGAGCAGGUUCAGCAGUUCCACAGAGCAGAGCAGUGCCUCCCGACUUCUUAAAAGGCAUAGACGAAGACGCAAGCAAAGACCACCACGUCUGGAGAGGGCAUCGUCAUUCAGCAGUGUUACUGAUUCUACAAUGUCAUUGAACAUUAUUACAGUGACACUAAACAUGGAGAAAUACAAUUUUCUUGGAAUCUCCAUUGUUGGUCAGAGCAAUGAGCGAGGGGAUGGUGGGAUUUAUAUUGGUUCAAUAAUGAAGGGAGGAGCUGUUGCUGCAGAUGGAAGAAUCGAACCAGGGGACAUGUUGCUGCAGGUAAAUGAUAUAAAUUUUGAGAAUAUGAGCAAUGAUGAUGCAGUGAGGGUGCUGAGAGACAUCGUCCAUAAACCAGGACCCAUAAUUUUGACUGUGGCAAAGUGCUGGGAUCCUUCCCCUCAGGGGUAUUUCACCUUGCCCCGCAUUUACACAGAUGAACCUAUUCAGCCCAUUGAUCCCGCUGCUUGGGUAUCUCACUCUGCUGCAUUGAGUGGAUCGUUCCCAGUCUAUCCUGGAAGUGCAUCAAUGAGCAGCAUGACAUCCAGCACCUCCGUGACAGAGACUGAGCUGUCUCAUGCAAUACCACCAGUCUCCCUCUUCAGUCUCUCGGUACACACUGACCUUGCCUCCGUUGUAAAAGUUAUGGCAUCUCCUGAGUCUGGCCUGGAGGUUCGAGAUCGAAUGUGGCUUAAAAUCACCAUUCCUAAUGCCUUCCUUGGUUCUGAUGUGGUAGACUGGCUAUACCAUCAUGUUGAGGGGUUUCAAGAUAGGAGAGAGGCUCGCAAGUUUGCCAGUAAUCUGCUGAAGGCUGGUUUCAUCCGUCACACAGUGAACAAGAUUACUUUUUCUGAACAGUGUUAUUACAUUUUUGGAGAUCUUACUGGUUGUGAGAACUACAUGGCUAAUUUGUCCCUAAAUGAUAAUGAUGGUUCUAGUGGUGCCUCGGAUCAGGACACUCUGGCUCCACUCCCCCUUCCUGGAGCUACUCCAUGGCCUCUACUUCCCACCUUUCCUUACCAGUAUCCAGCUCCUCACCCUUACAGUACGCAACCUCCAGCCUACCAUGAACUGUCUUCCUACAGCUAUGGUCUGGGGAGUGCAGGAAGCCAGCACAGUGAAGGGAGCAGGAGCAGUGGUUCUACACGUAGUGAUGGUGGUCGAGGAAAGCAAAAGGAUGAUCGUUCUGGUGGCGGAGGUGGUGGAGAUUCUAAGUCUGGUUCUGGCAGUGAAUCUGAGUACUCUACUCGUAGCAGUCUACGGAGAGGUGGUGGUGGAGAAACCGGUCCCCCGAGUGAGCGAUCUGCCUCUUCGCGCCCCCCACCUCCUCCACAUCACCCUCAUCAUCAUCCCCCAUCCAUCCACUCCUAUACGGCUCCUGGUGUCCCCUUAUCCUAUAACCCAAUGAUGCUUAUGAUGAUGCCAUCACACCCUUUGCCCCCUCCUUCCUCUUGUCCAUCUUCAUCAUCGGUACCUCCUGGGGCUCCACCCCUUACACGAGACCUUGCAUCUGUCCCACCUGAACUUACUGCCAGUCGCCAGUCCUUCCAUAUGGCCAUGGGGAAUCCGAGUGAAUUCUUUGUUGAUGUCAUGUGAAACAUAUGGGGUGACAUUUUAAUCUGAAACUAACGCUUAUUGCGCCCUCCUUUGGCCUUAACACAAUAACACUAAAUCGUCAAGUGCUUUUAUGCAGAUUGUCAUUGACAUCAGUGAUAUGCUGAACUCCCCCAAAUUGGGGAAGCUAGUUAAGUGCUUUAUAAGGUAAAUAGUGACCUAGAAAUUUCUAAGAUUUGUUUAGAUAACUUCUGGGUGUCCUGUUUUUACAGCAAAUUCUUUAAUAUCAGAAUAUAGGCUGUUAAAAGAAGGGUGACAUUAUUGUGUGAACUUUUAAUAGCCUGACCCAAAUCAACACUAUUCCUUUCUGGUGCCGUUAUUUAAUGGGCAUCAAUGUUUACAGUGUUUUAGAUAUUGUUUUAAUUUUGUGGGGUGGUCAUUCUACUUCAGAGAAAGGUAUGUUUUGAAAAGGAAAAUUUGCUGUUAAAUCUACAGCAGCUGCACCCUUAUUGAGGGAUAUAAGAUUUGUACAAUGAAGGGUGUCCAACUUAUCGUUUAACAAAAAUUUAAUAGGUACGAAGAGAAAUAUUGUAUUUUGGCUAAUAUCCUAAAUCAUUCUUCCUAAUGCCUUUUUUUUUCCUUUUAAUGUGACUGAUAGAACAACUGUGAUGUCAUCUCUGAAAUGUCAUCACACCAGGUUGUAUAAAACCUGAACUCUAUGGAUUUAUACAGAGGGGUUUAGUAUACAGGGUUCCCUCGCCCUAUAUACGCGCACACGUAUGUAUUAGUAUACAGACGGUACUCGCUCCCUGUGGGGUGCGGUCAUUAUGAAGUAUUUUUGCUUUUAACUUUUUUCUUUUGGUAAGUGCACCAUCCCUGGCAGUGUCUAGUAACAUAUCCACUUCUAUUAACCCAUGAAGUGUAAUGAUCUGCCUGGGUAGGUUUUUGUGUAUCUUGCUUUGUUGCAUUUCUGAUCUGAUAGAAAAAGUUAACGCCUUUAUUUUGUUAAUAUCUAUCCAUGAAGCUGUGUCUGUGAAACACUGCUCCCCUCCAGCAUUUACCCUGUCCUCCCUAACCCAUCCAGGAUGGACAUGACAAUUAACUGUGCCUUGUGGACAGAAUGAACUCUGUUGGUGCCUUAAUGUAUUAGGUCUGGGGGGCAAGGGAUGUUGGCAUGGUUGCUCUUGCUCCCUGGGGUGUAAGUGCCUCUGUUACUUGCCUCUUUUUGUAUUUAUUAUCUUUUUUUAGUGUAUAAACUCACCAAUAAACGAAGUAAAAUUCGUAUUUUAUAGCAA